AAUGCAGAAGUGGCCAUGGAAGCUGCAAAAGCUGCAAUAGCAGGUGGCAUUUCAGUUUUGGAGAUUGUGGAGUCAACCCCAGGUGUGUUUGAGGUUCUACAGCAGCUGGUGAAGGAGCAUCCUACAAUGGCCCUAGAGGUUGGAACUGUUCUCAAGAUUGAGGAUGCAAAAAGUGCAAUUAAUGUCAGAGCCAAAUUUCUAAUGAGUCCUGCAACUGUUAAGGAUAUAAUGGAAAUGGAUUAUGUUCAGAGUGGUGAAAUUUUAUAUAUUUCUGGCACAAUGACUCCAACUGAAAUAUUGUCAGCAUGUGAUGAAGGUGCUAAAAUUGUCAAGAUUUAUCCAGUUUCUGCACUCGGUGGAUUUCAGUACAUAUCAACACUGAAGAAGGCCUUUCCUCAUAUCUUUAUGGUUGCUUCUCAGGGAAUAACAAUAGAUUCAAUUGGGGAAUACAUUUUGCGAGGAGCAUCAGCAGUUGUUUUGUCAUAUGCGAUAUUUGAUAAAGAUGCAAUUGCACAACAUGAUUUAGAUAAGAUACAAAAACUUGCACAUUCUGCUACCUUGGUGGAUAACAAAUCUGUGAAUAGGUAA